UGCGAGUAUUACGUGAUUAAUGCGAGCGGAUCAAAGGUAGAAGACACCUGCGUCCAGAACACCGCGGUUAUGUCCACGUGGCUGAAGGAUGGCGAGGUGCUGGUGGGUGAAGGCAGCGGUGAGGCAGCACCCAUCAGCCCCAGACUGCGAGGCCUGUCAGCGGUGAGCCCCAGACCCAGCCAGGGUGUUUGCAGUCCACUGGCAUCACCCAGGGACGCCGUGGCAGGAAACCCGCUGGUAGAGACCAUGGGCAAGGCCAAGGAGCUGUUUGUGCUGUGUGACAAAGAAGGAAAAGGCUUCAUCACAAAGCGUGACAUGCAGAGGCUACAGGUGGAGUUGCCACUGUCCCCUGAACAGCUGGAGACGGUGUUUGAGAGUCUGGAUCGAGACAGCAAUGGAUUCCUCACUCCUGUUGAGUUCAACACAGGACUUGGUGAGCUAGUGGGUCUGGAGGACUCGCCUGAGCAAAGUCUAAACGCAUCAGAAGAUCCAGACCAGAUGGACUGCUCCCAGGACAGUCCUGCAGUUAGAUUUGUAAACAUACUGAUGGAACUAGGAGCUGACAGACUCUUUAAGGAUCGGCAGGGGCUCUCCUCUCUCUGGUGUGAACUCCAGAGGGACAGGCCGGAGAUGCUGAGCGUCCUGGACGGCGUGCUGAUCCACGCGGUGUCGCAUUUACAGGACUCCAUCCGAGAGAGAGACUGUCUGGAACAAGCUCUGCGCAGGCGGGAGAGUGAGCACAAUGAGGUAGUUCGCUCCAUAUAUGAAGAAAUGGAAAACCAAAUGAGAGAGGAGAGGGAGAAGCGCCUUAGUCUGUCUCAGGACCGUAUUGGACAGAAGCAAAAAGGCCGACAACUGGAGGAGGAGGUAAAGAUGCGUGAGCAAGAGCUGGAGAAUACACUCACCAAACAAAGAGAGCUGGAAGCCAGAAUUGGGCAGAUGAGCUCUGAACGGGCGAACAUCAAGGAGCAGAACCAGCAUCUGCGGAGCCUCAACGUCCAGCUGCAGGAGCGGGUGGAGCGCAGCAGGCAGCAGCUGCAGGCCGCUCUGGGUCAGCUCAGCCUGCUGCAGGACAGCGCUGCUCAGGAGCAAGUGGCCAGACACAGAAACGUGAUGAAGGUGUCACGGAACAUGCAGAAAGAGAAGGAAAGUCUCCUGAGACAACUGGAGCUCUUGAGGGAUAUGAACAAAAGGCUGCGCGAUGAGAAGGACGCCCAACAGUCCCAGAAGAGGAGUCCAAAUGUCACAAAGCCUUUGCUGAAGAAAGGGUCAAUAAUAGGUAACUACUUACUGCAAGAAAAGCUGCUGAAAAGACAGCUGGGCUCAUCUGAUGAGUUGGAGCAGGACAACGACACAGAGGUCACAAACUCAUCCAAGAGACACCAACCGUCACGUAGAGUCAGAGAAAAUGUUGAACAGGUGCAAACUCAGAGAACCAUGGUCAGUCCUCAGCGGGUGUUCAAGGUGGUAUUUCUGGGUACCUCAGGCGUCGGUAAGAGCUCCUUCAUCCAGCAGUACUGCACAGGACUCUUCAACAACAAAAUGAGCGCUACUGUUGGUAUUGAUUUCAAGAUGAAGACUUUAACUCUGGGCUCCACCAUCAUCACCCUGCAGCUGUGGGACACUGCAGGGCAAGAGAGGUUUCGCAGCAUAACUGAGCAGUACUAUCGCAAAGCUGACGCUAUCCUUGCCAUGUAUGACGUCGCCCAAACCUCGUCCUUCACGGCUGUGAGAGCAUGGAUGGACUCCGUGAAGGAGAAGAUGUGCGACGGUGCCGUCCUGGUGCUGCUGGCGAACAAGCUGGACCUGGCAGACGGUCACAGCCGAGAAGUCAAAACAGCGGAAGGCCAGAGACUCGCAGACAAGCACCAAGCUUUGUUUUACGAGUGCAGUGCAAAGACCGGAUGUAACGUGGAGGAGCUGAUGACAUAUCUGGCCGGGAUGUUAGUCUCCCAGCAUGAUCGGCAAUGUGAAGAUGCUCUUUUACUUACUGAGCUUAUGGAUAAAAAAGGCUGCUGCACAUAAACCGUGGAGGAAAAGAAAGGCUUUUGAAAGACUUUAUAUGAGCUCCGAUUCCUACGGAUCACUGAACAGUAUCACUAAUGUUUGCUUAUGUUAUGUAUCUGUACAAUCUAUCAAAUAAAUAUAUUUUUUAUC